CAACUUUUGCUAAAGCAUCAUUGUUUAAAAAUGGCAUCAAUGCAACAAGAGAGCUUGUUACUGAUGUUAACAUCAAGUUUAUAGAAUCUGGCAUCAACUUUACAAGUAUAGAUUCAUCACACAUUACACUCAUUUCUAUCCAUAUUGAUAAAGAAAGUUUUGAAAAAUAU